AUGGCUACACUACAAACUGAAAUGUCGGCCCCGACAACAACCACAACGACUCCCAACACAUCUCCCCAAACAUCUGCCCCUUCAACUCCCCGAAUCACCUCAUCUCUCCUCUCUCCCAACACAUCCCCCUCCUCAUCUCCCUUCUCUUCUUCCCCCUCAACCCCCAAAAUGCCUCCCUCAGAACCCUCACUCCCUAAAGACCCCAAACCCAAACCCCAAACCUACGAACAAAUGAUGGCCGAGAUAAACGCCGCCACCGCCCUCGAAGGCUACGACGCCAAAGGCCUUUACCACUCCACCGCCUCCAACGCACCCAUUCUUAUCAAGGAAGCCGCUCCUGUGGUGUUUAAACAGCGAUAUGGUGAGGAUCGGCUUGUUUAUGCCGGGGUGGGACGGCUUGGGGAUUGGGAUGAUGAGGAGGGUGAUGGGGAUGAGGCUGGGGAAUCAUUGAAGAAAAAGGAGGGGAAAGGGAAAGGGGGUGUGACGGGAUAUGGCGUGGAGGAGACGGAGUGGUGGGGGGGGAAGGAUGGAGGGUUCUAG